GGUCAGCAUCUCUGUCUUUUUCUUACCUCCAGGCUCCAGCGUGCGCGCUCUCUCCCCCUCUCCGUCGGCGACGACUACGCCGGGUCUUCUUCGGACCCAGGUCGUUGCCGCCUACGCCAGGUGCCCAAAUCUUCUUAGGGCCCUUCGCCGGCGACGAGCACACAAGCUUGGUUGACCCCCAACAAAUUGCAAAAUGUCAGCCAAUGUCGGUGAAUCAACCAGCGGUGGCAGCAGCAACGAUGCAGCUGGGGGGAGCUUUGAAUGUAACAUAUGCUUUGAGCUGCCUCAAGAGCCAAUAGUGACUCUUUGUGGCCACCUCUUCUGCUGGCCAUGCCUUUACCGGUGGCUGCACAUCCAUGCACAUUCGCCAGAGUGCCCAGUGUGCAAGGCUCUUGUGGAGGAAGACAAGCUUGUUCCCCUUUAUGGACGCGGCAAGGAUCGUGUUGACCCAAGGUCAAAGAACAUGCCCGAGGGUGAGAUUCCUCACCGCCCAACUGGUCAGAGGCCUGCCCCAGCCCCCCAGGCCGAUGCUAACAACAACUUUGCCAAUGCCAAUCCAAAUGCGAAUCCAUGGUUCAUGGGCACAGGAGUCCCUUUGGCUAAUGCGCGCUGGGGGAACUACGCAUUCUCAGCUGCUUUCGGGGGACUAUUCCCUAUGCUUAGCUUCCAAGUUCAUGGGUUUCCAGAUGCUGCUGCUUAUGCGCAGCCUGCUGGGUUCCACUAUGGGUAUGGCCAUGGGCAUGGAUUCCAUGGCGGCCAUAUGGGACACGCCCAUGGCGUCCACCGACAAGCACCAUUGGGGCAACAGCAGCAGGCAGAUAUCUACUUGAAGGCCCUGCUCUUCAUGAUUGGAAUUCUAGUGAUUGCAAGCCUCAUUGCGUUUUAAAAUUUGUUGGCAACGUCUACCAGGAGGCCUGCUCGUCACGGCUGGGACGUGGAAUUCUGGGAAUGCAAUCCUCCUGACAUGUCAGAGUCCGUUGAUAGCUUGACAUUUGUGAUGGCAUAUUGGCCCAUGAACCGCCAGAAUUUCAGUGUGUUUGUACUAUAGCUUGGCGCUGAAUGUUGCAUAAGUUAUUAUUCUGUUUGCAUGAAGUGUUCAUAGAAUAUGUAUUAAUGUCUAGAUAAGUACCUACGUUUCGUAACACCUUAUAUAGAGUACCAGGAGGAACAUGGUGAAAUCAUUACUGUCUAGUCUUGAUUUUUUUUAAAAAACAUUUUGGAGGUUAAUGUUAUGUGCAAUUAAAAAGGU